GCGCCGGCGCCUAGACUCACGGCCCUCGACGGCUCUCGGGCUUCGGCCCGCUUGAGUCUUGCCUGCCUUCUGCUGCUGCUGCUGCUGACGCUGCCGGCCCGCGUAGACACGUCCUGGUGAAAAAAAGCCGGGAUGCUCUGACAAGGCCAUCUCCACCUUGCAGGUACAUCGGGGCACUGGGGGCCCGAGUGAUCUGUGACAAUAUCCCUGGUCUGGUGAGCCGGCAGCGGCAGCUGUGCCAGCGUUACCCAGACAUCAUGCGCUCGGUGGGUGAGGGUGCCCGAGAAUGGAUCCGAGAGUGUCAGCACCAGUUCCGCCACCACCGCUGGAACUGCACCACGCUGGACCGGGACCACACUGUCUUCGGCCGAGUCAUGCUCAGAAGUAGCCGGGAGGCAGCAUUUGUAUAUGCCAUCUCUUCAGCAGGAGUGGUCCACGCUAUCACUCGGGCCUGUAGCCAGGGUGAGCUGAGUGUGUGCAGCUGUGACCCCUAUACCCGUGGCCGACACCAUGACCAACGUGGGGACUUUGACUGGGGUGGUUGCAGUGACAACAUUCACUAUGGUGUUCGCUUUGCCAAGGCCUUCGUGGAUGCCAAGGAGAAGAGGCUUAAGGAUGCCCGGGCUCUCAUGAACUUACAUAACAACCGCUGUGGUCGCACGGCUGUGCGGCGGUUUCUGAAGCUGGAAUGUAAGUGCCACGGCGUGAGUGGCUCCUGUACUCUGCGCACCUGCUGGCGUGCUCUCUCAGACUUCCGCCGCACAGGUGAUUACCUGCGGCGACGCUAUGACGGGGCCGUGCAGGUGACGGCCACCCAGGAUGGUGUCAACUUCACAGCAGCCCGCCAAGGCUAUCGCCGUGCCACCCGGACUGACCUUGUCUACUUUGACAACUCCCCAGACUACUGUGUUUUGGACAAGGCUGCAGGUUCCCUAGGCACUGCAGGCCGUGUCUGCAGCAAGACAUCUAAAGGGACAGAUGGUUGUGAAAUCAUGUGCUGCGGCCGAGGGUAUGACACAACUCGAGUUACCCGCGUCACCCAGUGUGAGUGCAAAUUCCACUGGUGCUGUGCUGUGCGCUGCAAGGAGUGCAGAAACACUGUGGACGUCCAUACUUGCAAGGCCCCCAAGAAGGCAGAGUGGCUGGAUCAGACCUGAAUACAUAAAUACCUCACUCAUCCCUCCACUUCAAACCUCCUGACUCAAAAGCACAAGAUCUUUGCAUGCACACCUUCCUCCACCCUCAACCCUGGGCUGCUACAGCUUCUAUUUAAGGACUUGGGAGAGUAAUGCAGAGGGCCUCUCGGGUCCUGGCUGGUUCCUUAGCCCUGGGAAUGAGUUGAUAGGGGAUGUAAAACAGCGAGCUGCUCCCUGACUCCCCACUCUGGAGGUUAGAAGGGAGAGUGGAAGAGGCAGAGGGACUUCAGAGUGAUAGGAGUUGGCACUGAAGCACAUGGUCAAGGCUCGUUUUCCUUUCCCUUGCACUGGCUUCCUGACACUUCUUGUGUGUGCAAGAGAAAGGGUACCUGGGGAGAACUUCUUUUUUUCCUACCUGGCUGAGGGUAAAUGGGACAGAGAUGAAACUACGUAUCUCUUCCCUGGGUCAGUUUGAGCAGACUGCCUGGUACCCUAAAAGGAACUCUUCAGCUACAACAUUCUUUCAUUAUCAAGAGCCUGGAUUGCUAGAUAAGAGUUAGCCAUAGUUGACAAGGUUCCAUUCACAUGCUCAUAUGUUUAUAAACUGCUGUGUUUGUAGGAGAAAAAAAAUUACAUAACUAUACAAACAUACAUUCUCUACCAAUCUAUCCUUUUCAACCUGUAUCAGCCAGCACUGCCUCUUUUGCUCACUUUCUGCCUGUUCAAACUGAGUGGCAUGCAGUGUCAGGCCAUGCCUAGUGCAUCAUUAGCAUACCCUGGAACACUCCUAAGAAAGGGUAAUUUAGUAGGUCUACCUAGGCCUUGGGCUUUUUACUUUUUAAAGCUUCUCAUGCAUUAUUCUGGUGGUCAGCCAGGUUUGAAAAACACUAAAUAAAAGGUAUGUGACUCAUGGAA